AUGUCUUAUCCCGUGCAGAAGAGCAACGAGGAGUGGCAGGCGGUGCUCAACAAAGAACAAUUUCGAGUCUUGAGAGAAAAAGGCACCGAGGCUCCCUUUACCGGGGAAUACGACAAGCACAUGCCGGAAUCUGGUGUCUACACCUGCGCCGGGUGCAACGCGCCUCUCUACAAAGCCAACCAUAAGUUCAAAUCUGGAUGCGGCUGGCCUGCAUAUUUUGACGGCAUCCCCGGUGCCAUUACUCGGCAUACUGAUAAUGCAUUUGGGAUGUCGAGGACAGAGAUCGUGUGCUCGAAUUGCGGCGGUCAUCUGGGACAUGUAUUCAAGGGCGAAGGAUACCAGACACCGACGGAUGAGAGGCAUUGCGUUAAUAGCAUUAGUCUGAAAUUCUCACCUGAGGAUAAGAGAACGGAAGAAUGCGCAAAGACCGAGGUGUGA